CUUAACUAGAUCCAAGCUCGAGUUCGUCAUUGAAGCGUUUCAGAAAAAGUUAAGCGACAUUGAAGGAAAGAUGACCAGAUUCGAUGAAAAGCUAGUCGGGUUCGAUGAAAUGAAGGAUCAGCUGAACAUGAUAGUAAAGAUCUUAUCAGCUAAAGGGAAAGAGGUAGUACCUAACGAUGAAGAAAUACAUUCCGAUGAGGAAGAUCGCGAUGGGCACCUGAAGGGUGAAGAUUCCAAUGCUAAGAUUCCCGUCAUACCCUUAAAAGACAUACAUGACAAGAAAAACGUAGGAUCUCCCAAAUAUGAUCGAGAGGCAGACAAAUUGGGAGGAUCCAUGGAUGAAGUGCUAUUAAAAGAAAAAUGGGAAUACCUGAACGAAAGGGUGAGAGCCAUUGAAGGGGUAGAAUCCUAUGGUUCUACUAAUGCCACACAGUUGUGCCUAGUGCCAGACGUGAUAAUUCCCCAUAAGUUUAAAAUGCCUGAGUUUGAGAAGUACGAUGGUACCACGUGUCCUAGAAACCAUCUGAUCAUGUAUUGCAACAAAAUGGCUAAUCACAUCCGAGAUGAAAAGCUCAUGAUACAUUGUUUUCAAAACAGUUUGAGUGGGCCAGCUGCAAGGUAGUACAUGCAACUUGAAAGGUCGAAGGUGAAAAGGUGGCAGGAUCUUGCCGAUGCAUUCAUGAAACACUAAAAGCACAAUCAAGAUUUAGCCCCAGAUAGAGAAGAUUUACGCGCCAUGGAAAAGCAAGCGAAGGAAUCCUUUCGUGAGUAUGCACAGAGGUGGCGAGGAAAGGCCGCAGAUGUUCAACCCCCCUUGUCAGAAAAAGAAAUGGUUUCGACCUUCUUUGAAACACUGAAGCCUCCAUAUUACAACAACAUGGUAGGGAUCACCACAACAAAUUUUACAGAUUUGU